AACGUUGUGACAUCAGAGCGACGCAAAGGUCAGAAAUUCUCUCUCACAGCCAUCUUGGAUCCUGUGCCUCGAACUAUCCACAAUGCCAGGCGAAGCCACAGAAACUGUCCCUGUUACAGAGCAGGAGUUACAGCAUCCUCAAGCUGAGACAGGGUCUGGAACUGAAUCGGACAGCGAUGAAUCUGUUCCUGACCUGGAGGAGCAGGACUCUGCACAAGCACAGACACAAACACAGCAGGCACAGCUUGCAGCAGCUGCUGAAAUCGACGAGGAACCUGUCAGCAAAGCAAAACAGAGCAGAAGCGAAAAGAAAGCCAGGAAGGCCAUGUCCAAAUUGGGGUUGAGACAAGUUGCCGGUGUUACCAGGGUAACCAUUCGCAAGUCCAAGAAUAUUCUCUUUGUCAUCACCAAACCAGAUGUCUACAAAAGUCCAGCUUCAGAUACUUACAUCGUCUUUGGCGAGGCUAAGAUUGAAGACCUGUCACAGCAAGCUCAGUUGGCAGCUGCAGAGAAGUUCAAGGUCCAAGGAGAAGCCGUUUCAAACAUCCAAGAAAACACACAGACGCCCACAGUACAAGAGGAGAGUGAAGAGGAAGAGGUUGAUGAGACCGGUGUGGAGGUUAAGGACAUUGAGCUGGUCAUGUCACAGGCCAACGUUUCCCGGGCAAAGGCUGUGCGUGCACUGAAGAAUAACAAUAACGACAUUGUCAAUGCUAUUAUGGAAUUGACAAUGUAGAUGGAGAUCAGGGACUGGUUCACAUUAAGACGUUGCUGAUUUGAUCUAGACUAUUGUUUGUACAAUUUAUAUCCAAGAGAAAUAAAGGUGUGGCUUGAUGAAAUUA